AUGUAUCUGAAUCGAGUACAGCGCCUGAAGACUUACUGUCAGAAGCUGGUAAAACGGAACUUUAUUGACUAUGAAAACAUGUGGCUCGUUGAUCAGAACUACAAAACACUCUUCUGUUCUCUUGCAAAAGUUGGAUCAACGUUUUGGAACCAUGUGUUUCACAUUCUCAGGAACGGGAACGACAGCUUUUCAUCGCCUUUUAGUCUGAAUCCAGCCUUUUACGAAAAUCUAAAAAAUGCCCUGGCAAGGUCUUCCAAUUCUACUGCCCUGCUGAACUCGAUUAGGAACGACUAUCUGAAAGUCAUGUUUGUCAGGGAACCGUACAGACGUCUGUUUUCAGCGUACGUCGACAAGUUAGUUCAGCCCCACGGAUAUUACUGGAACAGAACGGGUAAGCACAUCACUUACCACUCGAAGAAGAGGAACAAACGGAACAUGGCAUGUGGCCACAACGUCAGCUUCGAGGACGUCGUCAACUACGUGGUUCAUGCGGAGACAACCCUGAGACACAGAGAUAUCCACUUCGCCCCAAUGCACCAUCAGUGCAAUAUCUGUUCAGUUGAUUACCAGAUGAUUGGGAAAAUGGAAACAUUCCGUUACGAUACCGUUUUCUUUCUAAACAGCAUAAAAGCAAUAGAUGCAGGGAUAGCUAUGGAUAACUGGACUGAAGAACAUGAUGCGAACUACAUCAAGCAAAAAUGUAUCUUUGCAUUCAAAGUUAAGAACUCGACAAAACAGUGUUUGUCAUUUUAUGAACUUCUGAAGCGGCAAUGGCGGGCCUUCCAGAUUGUUGGUCUAAUAUCAAAAGAUUUUCAUUUUCCCUUCACAGACGGUUCUGUCAAUAAUAUUACAUUAGAAGAAUAUACCAGUGUCAUUAUUAGUGUUCAUAACAGGUCCGGGUCAUCGGCCAAGGCAAACCAAAAUGAAGCAUUUAAACAAGCGUACACUAGCUUGUCCCGAGGCGCAUUAGAAAACCUAAGAGAUGUUCUAUUCUUAGACUUUCAACUAUUCGGCUACAAUCCAGAACCAGAUGAACUGUUUUCGCAACCAGUCCAACAUCAGCCACACAAACAAAUAUUCAAUUAUUUUGAUUUUCUAUAGUAAGAUUUACAUAUCAGAUCAUUACCCCAACCUCCGGUGAUCUCAAGUACAUGUCUGUGGCAUAAUUAGUGAUAUUUUCAUCUCAAGGAAAAGAAUAUUGUAAAAUAUGGCUGUUUGAUAUUUCAGCUUUUUAUAAACAAAUAUUAAGUAUUCGUUAAUGGAAAUUUAUCUAUUUUCAUAUAUAGAGACUGCAGGCAAGGAGACCCAUUAUUCUCAUACAUAUUUCUUCUUUGUAUACAAGUUCUUGGAGGACUCGUAAAAGAAAUUUAAUAAAAAAAACAUCUAGAUAUAUACUUAAUGAUAUAUUUUGAAAACUAUUAAUAGAGCCCGUGUUGAAUACAUUUGCUGAAUUAUCAGGACUAAAAAUUAAAAAAGUUAUUUUGUUUUCUGCUUUGUAAGAUACUUAAAAAAAUCGCAAUCUAAAAUGGAAUUCUACACCCUUUGACGUAUUUGAAAUAGUCUUCAGUACGUACCUACCGACAAAGCUAAAUCCCCACCUUUUUCAUCUUAAAAGAAACAAGACAAAUAUUAUAGGGCUGUCAAACCUAUUUGUGACAGGAGGCACAAAUUUGCCAUCAUUCACCAUGUCAUUAUCAUUAACUAUAUGUUUAUGGCAUUUGUUUAAGAGAAGUUUUUGUUUUGUUUUUUAAAUUUGUUUUAAAAAUUGACUUACUUUGCUUCUUUUUGGCUUUGCCAGCAGACUCCUGGGGGUCUGAAUCAACAAAUU